CUAACCAAGUCGGACCUAUUAUAGCGCUGCAAAGGUCAAUAUGCAGCUGAUAAUUUAAAAUGUUUGCUUUCCAUAAUAAGGGUUGUACUUUUGUAUAUUUUAACCGAGUGUCAGACUAUUUUAUUCAUUGCGUUUCGAGUUGUUAUUAUGUUUUGGUCGAAAGCCCAUCAUGUCUGAAGAGGAACUUUUUACGGAAUCAGCAGGCCAAUCAAUCGAAAGUAAAAGCCGAAGUCGGCUGGGUCUCAUUGUGACGGGUUUGGUCGGAGGCUCGCUUGUUGCCCUUUAUGCUGGGGCUGCACCGUUUGUGGCCCCUGCGUUGAGAAAAAUCUGUCUCCCGUUUGUCCCCGCGACCACUACACAGGUGGAGAAUGUCCUCAAUGCACUGCGAACCAGGUCUGGGACCCUGGUGGACAUUGGAAGUGGAGAUGGGAGAAUAGUGAUAGCCGCAGCAAAGCGUGGAUUUCUGGCAUCAGGUUUUGAGUUGAACCCCUGGCUGGUGUGGUAUUCCCGCUACAAAGCCUGGAGACAUGGAGUCCACCGUUCCACUUCCUUCCACAUCUCAGACUUAUGGAAGGUCAGCUUUGCACAGUACUCUAAUGUUGUUAUUUUUGGUGUCCCUCAAAUGAUGGACAAAUUGGAGCUGAAGCUGCAAAGCGAGUUACCAAGCUCUGCUAAGGUGGUCGCCUGCCGAUUCCCCUUUCCCAAUUGGGUUCCAGAACACAGCGCGGGAGAGGGUGUUGACACAGUGUGGGUGUACAACGCCAAAUCAUUUCAAUCACUCCCACACCAUCGCGUGACAAAGAAGACUGCAUCAGACAACUGGGACAUUGCUGAAUCACAUACGUAAAGAAAGAUGCUGUGAGCUGGCCAACCACCAUUAAAUUAUUGCCGUAUGCUGUUUUA